UUAAUCAAGUUCAUCUCACACAUUCCGGAAAACAACAACAAUUUAUUUUUUUCCCCAGACUCUGAUGGACAAAGUUUUUCUAUCUCAACUACUGGUAGACAAAAUGAAGAGAAUGGAAGUGUCUCUGUAUUCUCUUUUCAUUUGGGUGAAGCUAAUCCAUCAGAACCAGUUUCCUCCCUUUCUUGUAAACUUUACAUCCCAGAUUGUCAGCCUGACAUGUCAUCACAAUCAAAUGAUCCAAACAAUCUGAUAGAUCCAGCUGCAGGAGGAAUUUCAGAUCUGACAGAAGAGCUUGCCACCAAACAGAAUACUACAGUCUUGCCCCAAAAGAGCAGACAGUAUUCUUACAAUGAGAAAACUGUCUCUGCACUAGCCUGUCAGAUCCAAAAUGGUACAAAUGUUAAGAUGGAUGAUAUCUCAUUGAAAACAUUUCAGAUGAAUGAAAAACAACAGAGGGAGAAUGAGAGACACAGCAGCAUUGUGCAGGCUCAAGAAGCUGUUGCUUCUCUAAAAUACACAGAAACUCCUGCUGGUCUAUCAGAAAGUUUUACAUCAGCUUCUAAAGAAGUAAACAGCCAAACAGAAAUGGAUAAACUGGUCACCUCUUGUAGUUUGCAUGAUGAAAUUUCAGCUAAAACAAAGCAGAAAGGUACUGUAAAAGUAUGUCAAAAACAAGUUAUAUGCAAAGAAAGUGAAUCACCUGGAAGUUACAUAUCUUUACAUGAUCAAGUUGCAGAGACACACAAUAGAGCUGAAGAAAACCCAAAUAAUCUCAUUGAGAUUGAGAGCUUAGAUCUGGCAUUUGAAACCUCAGUAGAUGGCUCAGAUAGUGAAAAUGUAGAUAUAGAUGCCUUUUUUCAGCAGCUUGAUACCGAAGGCCGAGUCUAUUGGGCAGAACCUAUCCAGUUGUCCAACCCAACCCCCGAAGCAUCAGGAAGCUUUGAAGCCUCAGAUGGAUCAUCUGGAGAUUCAUUUUCAUCCACACGCAAAGUUUUGCCUUUGCCUAUGUCAUCCUCAGCAAAUACAGACAGAGAGCAGACUUCAAGAGAUGCAACUGCCUCCUUGGGUGUAUCUUCCUCAUUAACUCUUGCUACAUCCACAUCCCCGUCUGCUAUCCCAAAUAUCAAACCAUCAAAUCGUUCUGUUUCUGUUCAAAUGUCUUCAUAUCUGUCUUCUCAUAUUGUCCACAGAAAGGAUGUUCCAUAUGUGACUGAGUCAAAACACACUCAUCUCCCUACCAUUCUACCUUUGGACACUUCCACUCCUUUUCGUGCUGUCCAGUCAUGGACAGACCUUCAAAUUCAGCGGAAUGCUCUAACCAAAAACUUAUCAUUUGGUUCUCUUCAUGCAAUUCCUACCAAAGCAAAUGUAUCCAUGAGUUGUCCAGGAAUGACACACAAACUAACACACCCAGAGAUCUCUUCUUCAUCUCCUUCUUUCUUUCUCUUGUCUGAUACCUGGAAAUCACAGGAGACCAUCCCUGAGAUGGCUCUAAAUUCUGAGACAGAGUCAGUAUCUGUAGAUACGGGAUUGUGGCCUGAUGAGCAAGAAGAAGAGGCGAAUAGAACUGACAAUAAAAGCGAGGGAAAACUUUGGGAGGGUAGUCAGACAGCCACCAGGGCAUGCUGCUGCUCCUGUGACCAUCACUGUACCUGCUGCAUUCACAGGAGUUACAACAAGGAAUCCACUUUGGGAAACAGUCCUUACUCUCUGGAUGAACUGGAGGAGAUGAUGCUGUGUCUGCGGCAGUUUUGCUCUGUGCUAAGUAACAUGGAGGAGCAACUCUCUGAGGAUCAGGCAGCAGUGUACAGUUGUCUCUCUGACCAGGACAGAGAGAAGGUUCGGGACCUUGAAGAGCUGAGACAUGCAGUGAAACAAGAGGCUGGUGAGCUGGAGAAGCAGUUAAAAGAACUGGCCUAUGACUAUGAUGAAAGCUUGAAAAUGAAGAUGCACAGAUUGUUGGACGAACAGUCUCUCCUCUGCUCUCAACUUAAAGUUUUUCUACCUGGAACAGUGUCCAUAUCAUCAAGCCCUAUCCCCAACAGGACAGUAGCCACUCAGUGCUGUUUGCUACCCUUGCUCCUUCCAACUGACAUACAGAGUAGCCACGUUUCUGAUUGGAAAAGCUGGAAGAAUCUGAAACCCGGACUGGGUUCCAACAGACAGUCACCUCCUGGAUCUGAGAGCAUCUGCGAGGGUCAGGGCAGUUCUACCACCAAAGCAGACAAGCUAAAUAUAGUAGGCUUCUUGCAGAGACUGAAGGAGUCGUUGCAUCAUUCUGUGAACACAGACUCAUUGGAAUGAGAGGUGCCAGGAAUGCUGCAAGAUACACACUUGUGUUUUCUCAGUCUUCGAUUCUUUUAAAGCCUUAUCAUUUGAGAUGUACAGCUUUAACGUUGACAGAGUAUUUUUUAAUGUUUUUUGUGACAUGCCCAUUUUACUGUGACAGUAAAAUGGGCCUGCUAGCAAGACCCUUAAAGCAAAGGAAAGUGAAAUGGCAUAGCAAAGAAAGUUUUG